AAAUGGCGAACGUGUUAGACCUUACAAUCCAAUUUUAGUGCUCUAUUUUGGGUUGAUUUGUAAAUGAUAUUAAUGGGAUCGUAUGGUAGAACUGGAAGAAGGCGUAAGCGUAAAAGGGAAGGUGAUUAUCGAAGGGAAUUUGGUGCAGCUGUGUUUGAACAAGGCUAUAUUGAACUCCUAAAGUGGGCGAAACGAAAUGGCAUCUCCUUCGGUAAACUUCGUCCAGCGUACUUUCGACAGACAGGAAGAGGUUUGAUGACUUGUAGAAAGCUUUCAAAAGGUGAUUUAGUGAUAUCUGUUCCAGAGAAAAUGUUAAUUACGACAAAAACAGCGGAAAGGAGCCAGAUUGUGAAAACGUUCAUCAAACUACAACCGAAGUAUUCCCUGACAGCGAUUCAGAUUUUAUGCAUUUUUAUCUUGUAUGAAAAAUUCCAGGGAGGAAGCUCUUUCUGGUACCCUUACAUUAGAACAUUACCCACAUCUUUUAACACUCCUGCUUACUUCAAAGCAGAAGAGCUUAGUGCUUUGCCGUCUAGUUUACAGCAACAGUGUGUUACCCAGACCAAAACUGUGCGUGAAUCUUUUGAAGAGCUGAAAGGAUAUGUUGAAAAUGAUUCAACUAUGCUGGAUAAAGCAUUUUUGGAUUUCUUGACUUUUGAUGAGUUCAGAUGGGCGUGGUUUGUAGUUAACACAAGGUCUGUGUUCAAAGCCAACUGCAUGGAUUUGUUACCAGGCAGCAGGUUACAGACACAGGAUAACUAUGCCCUUGCCCCAGUUCUUGAUUUGCUGAACCAUAAUGACACAACAGAGGUCCAAGCUGGAUUCAACCAAGAAAGUAAACAUUAUGAAAUUUGCACUUUUACGCCCUACAAGAAAGGAAUGCAGGUUUUUAUUAACUAUGGGCCCCACGAUAACAGAAAACUGCUUUUAGAAUAUGGCUUUAUUUUGCCACAUAACUUGCACAAUACUGUUGCUUUCUCUGAAGAUCUAAUUUACUCAGUUGUUCUACCUGAUAUCUUUGGUAUUUCAAGAAAGAAGAGGGAAAUAAUUGCCAUUAACGAGCUACACAAGGACUUAUGUUGUUCAGAGGGAAGUGGUUUGUCAUGGAAUCUACUUGUCUUGUUGAGGGUUCUCGCAAUGAAGGAGGACCACUUCAAAAGACAUUGGCAAAGAGUCUUGACUGGUCAAUUUCUUGGGAAAGAUGUUGAAAAUAGAGUUUCACAAUGGAGACAAAACUUAAUUGAAAGGGUUUUAAUAUCUUAUGAGUUAGAUGAGAAAAAUAUUGCUAAAUUCUUGAGUUCAGAUAUCCAACGAUCUGAAAAUGCAAAGUUGGCCUUGAGCUUAAGAAACCAAGAGAAACACAUCCUUCAAAAUGCCUUGGACCUGCUGGAGAUUUCUUGAUGAAAGUCCAUGGAAAGUAGGAAAGGGCAGCCACUCAAAAUUUUAUAUUCUGAUUUUUAUUCUGAGACUGUGCUUGAUAUUGUACAGGAUAACGAUGCACAGUUUUAUAUACUUCUUUACUUUUCGACGUUUUCUAAUAUGCAUAUACUCAAAAGGCCCCUGUAGUGAGACAAACAAGGUUUUCCGUAACUGAAAGAAAUAAAGUCAAACUUAGUUCGACAUUA